GGCCAAGGUUCUCUGGCUGAGCUCUGCUCUGCUCUUAGCUGUAACAACUGUGGACGAAUUUGUGUGUGAACAUGGCAAAUCACAGAGAGGCUAAUCUCGCCCUUUUUACCAGUAUUGGACUAAGUGAACAGAAAGCCAAAGAAACCGUUAAGAAUGAUUCAUUAUCAAAUGACCUCAAGCAAGUUAUUGAACAGGCUCUGAAACAAAAUAAGGGAGCUGGUAUUGAAAAAUCUGUUGGGAAUCUACUAUAUCACAUUGCUACCAGGUUGAAAAAUAAGAAGAGGAAUAAUUUCAUCAUUGAGUAUGUCAUCAAGAAGAUGAUCACGUCAGAGGCGCAGCUUACUGCAUCAUUGGAGUACUUUCGUAGCAAUCCCCUCGAUCCUAUUGAUGUAACAGCGUUUGAAGAAGCGUGUGGAAUUGGCGUUGUGGUUACACCUGAAGAGAUUGAAGACACAGUAGAAGAAGUUCUGGAAAAACACAAAGCCAAUUUAAUGGAGAAGAGGUACCAUUACAACACUGGGCUGCUUAUGGGUGAGGUACGUCAGCGACUGAAGUGGGCUGAUACUAAGAUGGUAAAGAAUGAGAUUGAUAUGCAAAUGCUUGACCUUCUCGGACCGAAAACAGCUGCUGAUAUGGAAAAACCAAAGGAUCCUAAAGCUGGUAAAUCAAAAAACAAGGAUAAGAAACCAAAGGAAAAGAAGGAUACAUCAGCCGAGGAGAAGACUGAGAAAGAAUAUACGGACAUGAAACAGUUGUGUGGAGAGGCUUUAAAAUUCCACAAGCCAGGUGAAAAUUAUAAAACAGAAGGAUAUGUUGUGACACCUAAGACCAUGGAUUUAAUGAAACAACAUUUGAAGGAAACCAAUGGAGAGGUUCGCACCCGUUUCCCCCCAGAACCAAAUGGUAUUUUGCACAUAGGGCAUGCUAAAGCUAUCAACUUCAACUUUGGAUAUGCUCGUGCCCAUGGUGGAAAAUGCAACCUGCGGUACGACGAUACCAACCCAGAGAAGGAGGAGGAGAAAUUCUUUGUUGGUAUCCGUGAAAUGGUUGAGUGGCUCGGUUAUAAACCAUGGAUGAUCACUCACUCCUCAGAUUUCUUUCAGGAGUUGUAUGACUUCGCUGUUGAGUUGAUUAAAAGGGGACAUGCUUAUGUUUGUCACCAGAGAGCUGAGGAGAUCAAAGGCUUCAAUCCACCUGACUCCCCAUGGAGGGACAGACCUAUCAAUGAGUCACUGCAAUUAUUUGAGGAUAUGAGGAAGGGUAAGAUAGAAGAAGGGGAUGCAACUCUCCGUAUGAAGACGGUACUGGAGGAGGGCAAGAAAGAUCCAGUAGCCUAUCGUAUCAAAUUUACUCCUCAUCACCGCACCGGAAAUGCUUGGUGUAUUUAUCCCACAUACGACUAUACUCAUUGCUUAUGUGACUCUAUUGAGAAUAUUUCUCAUUCACUUUGCACUAAAGAAUUCCAAUCCAGACGUUCUUCCUACUACUGGUUGUGUAACGCUUUAGACCUUUACUGCCCUGUCCAGUGGGAAUAUGGCCGACUUAAUUUGAAUUAUACGGUGGUGUCAAAACGCAAGAUUGGAAAACUCAUCUCUCAAGGGAUUGUUAGUGAUUGGGAUGACCCUCGUUUGUAUACACUGACUGCUCUCCGUCGACGAGGCUUUCCACCAGAAGCCAUCAACAGGUUCUGUGCUAAAGUUGGUGUGACAAUGUCUCAAGUAUCCUUCGAUCCAGGGAUGCUAGAUGCCAGUGUAAGAGAAGUAUUGAAUGAUACCGCGCCACGCGCCAUGGCUGUCCUAGACCCCAUCAAAAUCACUAUCAUAAAUUUUCCGUCGAAAGAGAGUUUGGAAUUUGAUGUACCUAAUAUCCCCCAUGAUGAUAGCAAGGGAACACAUAGAGUUUGUUUGUCCUCAACCCUUUUCAUAGAACAGUCAGAUUUUAAAGAGAAUGAAGAUAAAAACUUCCGUCGUCUUACCAAAAACCAGCCUGUAGGUUUGAAGUAUGCCAACCUUGUCAUCUCUGUUGAGUCUGAUGUUAAGGACCAAAAUGGAAGGGUUACUGAGUUAAAGGUCAAAUGCGUGCCAGUUGCCAAAACUGAAAAACCUAAAGCAUUUAUUCAUUGGGUUUCCGAGGCAAUCAAGUGUGAAGUACGUCUUUAUAGCAGGCUAUUUCGUCAUCAGCAUCCGGAAGAUCCCACAGAAGUGCCUGGAGGAUUUGUCACUGAUUGUGAUAAAGAUUCACUCACAGUUGUUCCAGAAGCAUUGGUGGAUCUUUCAGUUAAAGGUGCUAAAGUUUAUGAUAAAUUCCAAUUUGAAAGAAAUGGAUUCUUUUCAGUUGACCCUGAUACCACCGCUAAGAAAUUGGUUUUCAACCGAACAGUUCUACUCAAAGAAGAUUCUGGUAAAAAAUAACAGGUUGCACUAGAAAGGAAAUAGACAUUUUGCAAAAUAUAGUUGUUUUCCUAUAUAAUGGCAACUUACUUUUCUAAUUCUAAGUCACUGUGUUAUUUUAUCAAAUAUUUGUCUUUUCUAAAUAAUAAUACUUAAUUCAAGUAUAAACCAGCUAAAUAAUAAUAAUAUCAAUUUUUUCAAAAUAUGUAAAUAGCAAGUGAAUCCUUUACAACCUUAGCCUACUAUUUCUAUCUUAGAGUAAAACAAAAUAAAUAAAACAACUCAAGAGAUUCAGUUCAACUUCUAUGGCAAGCAAAGCAUUGCCUGUUAACAGCUUGUUUUUUGCUCAGUUUUUAAAAUAAUUUAGUAUUAUUUUUCAUUAAUUGUAUUACUUUUAUUUUGUUUUAAUAUUAUAUUUAUAUUGUGGGAGCGGUUUGCUCUGCUUUUUUUUCAACCAUGAAGUCGGGAUUAAAUCCCUUGUUGUGCAUUUCGCUUGUGUCCAUAGACAAGGCACUUCACCUACGGUUGUCUCUCCCCACCCAGGAGUACAAGUGGGUGCCUGGUAGGUUCAAACACAAUGUGCGCUGACUACUUACAUGCUGCAAUAUUAUGGAAUUCUCCCCAGGGAGCUGAGUAUGUGUCUCAUAUUGUGUUUGAUCCAGUGAUCGGGGGCUAAUAAUGUGAGGCUCUUACAGGCCUUGUUGGCAUUAAGCGCUAUAUGACUAUUAUAACAUAUUAUUGCUGUUACUAUUUAUAUUCAUUUAUUGUUUUUAAAUUAGGAUUGUUUUAGUACAUUUGAAAUUUGUUAUCAAUAAUGCUAAGCAUUAUUUGUUAUGGUUAUUUUUAUUAUUAUUAUUAUUAUUAUUAUUAUUAUUAUUAUUAAUAUUUUUAGUUAUUAAAUUGUUUUUAUUGGUUUUUUUUUCAAUUUAAAGUGUUGGAAGAGUUAAGGUUGUGUGUUUUUGCUCAUCAAGCAAAAAUACUGACUUAAAUACUUACUAUAUUUGAUUUAUCCAUGCAAUUUCUUAGCUAAGAUUCUUUUUUUUAAUGGAAUAUUAAUAUGAUGGUGUGUACCAUCUUCAAUGGAAAUCAAAACAUUAUAUUAUAUAUGACUAUUUUUAGAUAAAUCAACUUUAGUAUUCAGCUACCACAAAUCAAGAUUUAAAAUACAGAAAUUGUUUUGCAACUAUGCCAAAUAUAUAUAUAAGAUAGAAUAUGAUGUGGUGUGUUGGCACCGGUGGGGUGGGGGCAUGCUUGGGGAGCUCAACACAAUUUAUCAGGGAGAAAACAUUCCAAUGUAAUUUUUACAGAUUAUGAGGCUAGAAUCGAAUAAAUAAGCUUUUCAAAUCCCUAAAUUGUUAGAUCUUUAACACGUUUUACCCACGUGCCCCUCCAAUAGGGUGUUGGAUGACCCUGGCCUUGCCCCUCUCUUUAUAUUAUAUUAUAUAUUAUAUUCUCUUCGGGGGAACGUCAGCCCUCUCCUUAUCGGACAAGCCCUGGCACCACUACUGACAUAAAGGCUGUUUAAAAAAAUGGUUUCUUUCUCCAAUUUUUUGUAUCAACAUGGUUAUAUUAUGAGAUUAGGAUUGCUCAUUGGUACUUGUAUCAAAGAUCGUAUAAUUACAAAAAAGCGUUUUCCGCAAUUUCUGCGUACAAACUUUGUAAUAACGCAGUGUAGGAUGCCCUCUUGCAAUUACAAUUACUUUUGAACUUUGACAUCUAUGAUCUCUGUGUAAAUUCUGGAACAACCGCCAUAGUAACCACUAGGACAGCCUCUUUCUUUUACAAUUACUUUCUAUCGUUUUCUGCGUGAAUUGUACGCUUCUAUUUGUCACAAAUAAAUGGUUUUGGGGGUCCCCCUUUUGGAAGGUUAAAAAAAGAAAAUGAAAAAAUUGAUCUCCCAAACGCCUCAGAGGUUAUAGAACACGAAAGUUUCGCGGGUGAAUGCUCCCGGACCCCAAGGGUAGUAUUAUCUCGAUUGGCCCCACUUCGGCCCCCUCACCCUUUUGGAAAUCUAUGGAUCUGCCCUUGGCUGGAGUAAACGUUGCACAGGGAAGAAUAACCAUGCGGGUAUUACUGAUCAGAAAAGUCCAAUGCGAACAGGUUAACUCAGUUAAAUCUUCCCUGAUUGUAAAAUACAAUCUGUGAAUAAAGAAUUCAAGGUACAAGAGAAA